AUGACUGAUCUGUUGUCAUUUGCCGGACGAACGCUCUCAAUGUCGACGUUCAACACGUUCAACUCGGAUGAUACUCUGUCUACCAUCAAGUCCUCCUCCUCCUCCUCCUCCUCGUCCUCGUCGUCCUCGUCAUCGUCGUCAUCGUCGUCAUCGUCGUCUUCGCCGUUUGAGUCGCCAUGGGACGCAUCGUCACCAGCAACGUCGACAUCGUCGUCGUCGUCGUCGCCGUCGCUGUCAGAGAUGGCUUCGGGUUCUCGGACCAUGGCGGAGCUCACGUUUUCCGACUCGGUUUGGCGGUAUCGGCUGCUCGAGGAGAAUCACGCUACCGCGGUGGAGCACAUGGCUGGCUUGCAUCAUGACGUGGACUUGCCCAUGCCGGACCUGGCGGAGAACGAGUAUCUCACUGGCGGAGUUGCUGUGGAGAUCUCAUCGGCAGACACGUUUCUACAGGAACACUGCCCCCCGCAGCUGGCGGCAAUCAACGUCAAGUGCGAGACGCUGCUGGGCGCGGCGCCAGCGGCGGUCUCGUUCCUUGUGCCGAUGGCCAACAUUCCCGAGUUUGGCACCGACUUGGUGCUCUCGCCGGCCCUAGUGGCUGCCAUCUGGGACGGCACGGUAACAAAAUGGUCGCAUCCGAGCAUUGCAGCGCACAACCCCGAUCUAAUCCUUCCCAAUGCCACCAUCGAGCUCUUUGUCUACGACGAUCCAGUCGUGGAGCACGUUGUGGCCGAGCUCAAGCUACGGAUCUUGCUGCAGGCUGCCAAGACGGGGGUCACCGACCCGCACCUCAUCUACUCGACGCCCAACGAGCUCCAUCGGGCCAGCGGCACGACGCGAGUGAACCACCGCAGCAACCACCCCGACGCGUCGAUUCGAAGCGUGUCUGGGGCGGCUGAGGCUGGGCUGGAGGUGUUGCGAACGACGCAUGCAUUCUCGCUCAUCACAUCCGAGGCGUACAACCCGCAUUGGUCACACGAAGUUCACGUUCCGCUCUUGCAGAUGCCGCUGGGCAAGCCGACGCCGCUAGGCCAUGGUUCGGUCCUGACGGCUUCCGAGUCGAUGCAUGUAUCGGAUCUCUCACCGCUCUACUCGACGACGCCGUUUUCCUGGCCACUCUCGUAUUUAGAGUGGGUACUCUUUCCGCACGAGCUCGACAGCAUGUCGCAGACGUACUGCCAAGCACUGGCCGACUCUGUUGUGGGAAUGACGCACUUAAUGGACAAUCUGUUUGUGGCCGACAACGAGUGGCGGCUCGGCCAUGUCGGACUUCCAGCGGCGAUCCGCGAGCAUUCGGUGACCAAGCUUGAGGAUGUGCGAUGCAACGGCAAGCUUGUGCUCCGGCACGCCCGGUUUGCGCGCGGCGGAGGUGAAACGGUUGCGCUUCCACUCCUUGAGGCAUGGCUCGCGCUCUUCAACUCGCUCGCCCGCGCGCACGUGCGCUAUGACGAGCACGGCGAAGUCGUCGAUGCUCUGAUGAUCGAUGAGAACGUGUUUGGCUGCACCGACCAUGGCCUUACCGAAGCCGAUGCUCUUGUCCACUCGGACGCGCUUGUCCUGCCGAUGUCGGCGACAUCGCUCGCUCUUCCGUACUCGAUCGCGUACAAAGACGGUGCGCCGAACGGGCUGCCGACCAUGGUACUCUCACGGAGCGUGCUCGCCGACAUUUUCCUUGCGCGUGUCACGACCUGGGACGACGCGCAGAUCAAGGCACUCAAUCCAGUACUUGCGCCGUGGCUCCCCAACGCCACCAUUUGCGUUUAUGUUCUCGGCAAGCGAUCAGGCGUGACCGGCAUCCUUACACAGGCGCUCUCGUCGAUGUCCGACGACUGGAAGGAGACGUAUGGCGUGACCGAGUUUGUGCCGCCAGGGUUUUGGCCCGGCGAGUCUGGCGUCUCUGCUGGCUCGGCGUGCAUUCGGCGCAAGGAUACCGAGGUCGAGGUGGCACGUGCGCUCGGCGUGACCAAGAACACCCUCGGCUAUCUCACGCUUUCGCUUGCUGACACCACCGGGCUUCACGAACUCUCGCUCAUCAAUCGAGCCGGCGCGACGAUUCGACCGCUGGCAGGCAACGUGGCAGCCGCUAUGGCUGUGGCACGCGAUAUGCCACCGAUCUCGACGCUCCAGCCGUUUGUCAAGGUGCUGGCCGACUUGCCGGGCGAGUUCUCGUGGCCGCUGACGGGCUACAACUAUCUUGUGAUCGAGGACAAGAGACGCGACUCCCACUGUCGCGAGCGGCAGCUUGUGGCCGAGCUAUACGAGUGGAUUGUGAUUUCCGACGACGCUCACGAGACGGCCGAGUCUUCGGGCUUUGUUGCCCUUGACAACGUGACGGCGGUGGAGGCGCUGGGCGUGCUCUCGCUCGCGGAGUGCGGCAGCUUGCUGCUGCUGGAUCCGUGUCGGCGCGGCGGAUGCGGGUCGCCUGGCAGAACGGCGACAACAAUGGAUCACAUGCUGGUGGGCAUUUUGGUCGGGCUGGCCUUGAUCCUCUGCGUCGGCCUAGGCGGCGCGGUGUACUACAUCUACACCCGCGACGUAGUUGUCAAGCUCGAGGUCGACAAAGAUCUUGUGAUUCCCCUCAGCGAGCUUGCUGUGUCGCGAACGCUUGGCACCGGCUCGUUCGGCACGGUGUACCUGGCGACGUGGCGUGGCUCGCCGAUGGCGGUCAAGCACAUGCACGGCAUGGAAGGUGACAACGCGCGGCUUGCGGCGUUUGUGGACGAGGCGCAAGUCCUGCUCAAGCUGCGACACCCGCACAUUGUGCUGUUCAUGGGUAUUGUCAUUGAUCCGGCCGGGCUGGUCAUCGAGUUUGUGCCCAACGGCUCGCUCUACUCAAUCCUCCACAACUACUCGUUCAAUCUGGAGCUCAACCUGCUGAUGUGGUGGGCGCACUGUGUGGCGCUCGGAUUGAGCUUUCUGCAGCAUGCCGGCGUGGUGCAUCGGGACAUGAAGUCGCUCAACGUGCUCCUUGACGCCGGGUGGGUGCCCAAGAUCUGCGACUUUGGCCUCUCGUCGGUCAAAAAGGAGGCUGAAGCGUCAGAGAGUGCUGUCUCGCGCAAGUUACAGCGGCGGCGGGCGCGGCAGUUGCGGCGGCUGCGCAAAGCGCAUCAGACGCCCUCGGGCUCGGACGGGUCGGGCUCGGGCGGGCACGACCCGAACCCGUUUGCAACGGUGGCGACAGCGGGCACAACGUCGACAUCGGCUACCGUGAUAUCGGUCGACGCGGCGAUGUCGCGCUCGUCGCAACUCUCUGCUGGACUCCUUGGCGGAGCUGGCGAGGGUAAUCUGGGCUCGCUCCUGUGGACAGCACCUGAGGUACUCAACAACGGCGCCGAGGCGGCAUCGGAGGCAUCGGACGUGUAUGCAUUUGGCGUGACAGUGUGGGAGAUGCUAACACGGUCGGCACCGUAUGCGGGGCGUAAUCCGGUAACAGUUGCGCUCGAGGUUUCGCUCGGUACGCUUCGGCCUGCGCUUUCACUUGUACCGACGUGGGCGCAGCAUGUGGUCCCGCUCGUCGUCUCGUGUUGGGAGUCCGAUGCAGCGGCGCGGCCCCAGUUUGAUACGAUUGUGGCGCGACUGGGCGCAAUUUACGUGUCUGAGAACAUUGUGUUGCCGACGACAACGGCCCUACCGACCGGCAAGGUGGUGGCGAUCCGGGUCUCGUGCCCGGUGGGCAAGCAAGCGCUACUGGAAGACGCAGAUCGUGCGCGCGACGUGCUACUCCUGUUCCACACGGCGCUCCAGGCGGCGGUCCGCGAGUCGUCGUCGGUCCUUGCGCAGGUGACCGUGGCCGACGCAGUGGUACUGUCGCAGGUGGCGGCGCAGAUGGUGGUCUUUGCGGCGUCGAUGACGAUGGGCAUGGCCGACCACGGCGGAGUGGUCCUUGCAGUUGCCGAAGGACACAUCGAAGCGCAGGUGGCUGUGGGAGCGCUGACCACUGACAAGCAGCAGUCGUUCUCCGGUGAUGCAGCGGCGGGCGUCUCGUUUGUGACAGCAAGUAUCCGGGAGGCGCGAAAGGAGCACGGCGUGUUUAUGGUUGACUCGCUGGUGUCCGACGUGGAGGGCGUGCUCGCGGCCGAGCACCAGAGCGCGGUCAAGGCUCAUGUUGUGCCAACUCGGAUCACGGGCGUGAGCCAGUUGGUGUUCCCUGAUCACGAGAUGCGGCUGAUGGCGACCGAGGAGGGCGAGACUUCAGGCAUGUACGAGUCUGGGCUGGGAAUGGGCCGGCCGAGCUGCGCAGCGAUGGCGGCAACAGGGGUAUCGAUGUCGGCAGGCGUGUCGGGUGUCUCGCGUGAGUUGUCGGACCUGUCUGUGGCAUCUUUUACGACGGCACACGCUGGCUCGCUGGCGUCGCGGGCGGGCAAGAUCGGUGGCAAGGCUGGGUUUGUGGGCGUGGUGGCGCUGUCUGAAGAAGGGUCGUCGUUUUUCAUGCCUGUGGGCGAGAUGCGCAACUUGGUGCAGCGCGGCAUGGUGAUGGGCAUGACGGCGUACACCCAGUCUGUGGUCUCGACGCUUGCCGGAUCGCGAGUGUUUGUCAAGAUCUUGCUCGAGCAGAGCCUCUCGCCCGAGGCGCAGGUAGCGUUUGCAUGCGGAAUGGCGAACAUGCUGCAGAUGUCGCGGACGGCCGGCGACAACGUGAUUGCCGGGCCGCAAACCAUCUGCGUCUUCAAGCCGUUCAUCGCCGUCGUGCUCCCGUACUACAAGCACGGCUCUGUCCGCGACAUGCUUGAGCUGGGAACUGGGACGUCCGAGAUGAUGAGGUCGAUUGUGGUAGGGACGGCGCAGCACCUUGCGCAGCUGCACGCCGCCCGGCUGGUUCACGGGGCCAUCAAGCCAUCGAACGUCAUGCUCUGCGACUCGUCGGCGAGGCGGGUCAUCCUCACGGACGCCGGCACCACCGAUAUCAAGACCGGGAUCGCCACAAUGACCAUGUCGCCGAACGUCUCGUUCAUGUCGCCCGAGGAGCUUGGCGGGGAGACUGUUGGCCCAGCGUCGGACGUAUUUUCGUUUGCGUCGAUGGUGUACGAGAUGGUGACCUGCGACUCGCCGUUUACUGGCUCAUCCGCUAUGGAGGUUGCCCACAAGAUCCGCUGCGUCGAGCUCCCGCCGCUCGACGACGUCCUGGCCUCGGCCAAACUCAUCCGCAUCCUCCGCUCCUGCUGGCUCGAGUGCCCUCUGGAUCGCGUCCACUCGGACACGCUCGCAGACCUUGUCCGCGGCCUGCAAGACAGUGCUUCCUCUUUUGCUGGUCAUGCAGGUGGUGCGCCCAUUGUGGGUAACGUCUUCCCGCCGAGUUAUAACUACUACGUGGGAGUCUGGCGGCGGACGCCGUAUGAUGUGCUUCGAUCUGAGCCGAUGUGUCUCAACGGUGCGCGUGGCGGAGCUCACAUCUCGUCGUACGAUACCGAUGUGGGCCAGUUGUGGCGCUUCCACGCGAGCCAGAUGCACGCCAAUGGGUUCUACCUCGAGGCGUUGGACGUGGGCGAGAACAGGUUCCUGGCCGGUGAUCUGGCUAUGGUCAGCGACCGCGAGGAGGCCGGCCUGUGGUUCUUUGAGUUCACCACGCCGUUUCGCGGCGGAAAGAACGACGUCGCCAUCAAGGUCUUUAAUGAGACCGGCCUGCUCCUCUGCUCGGAGCCGCUCAACGGGCGGGCCAUACUCAUGUCGGACAAGGAGGCAUCGGCUCGCGAGAACGACGGUGCGUGGGUGUACAACAACGCGUGGGAGGUGACGCCCGACGUCGACGAUGUCGAGGUCGACAUGUUCCUGGAAAAGUACCUGACCCAGGAGGACGAGCUCGACAAGUUUAUCGCCCAGCUGUGA